AUGACCCCAGAAUUGCCCCUUGCUCUUCAAGAAAUAUCAACAUCGAACACAAGCGUCACUACAACGAUACAUACCCGACAAGACUCCAACAUGUUCCUUUCAACGAGGACCUCUUCACUAGCCCAGCGCGGCCGCCCCCUGCUACGAAACACGUAUACAGGACCCGUGCCAGGAAUUCCUAGAAGCUCCAGACACGGCUAUGCCACGGACAAGAAACGAGCCGGGAAGUCCGGGAACUUCAAGGCCACAGGCGAACAACCCGCACAACCCGGGCAACCCAAGCGGGUUGACCCGAACAGUCCCGAGUACAAGGCCUACCAGAGGACAUGGACAACCGUCAUGAUCGGGACACCCAUCAUCCUCGUCUGCUCAUACGAGCUCUGGCAAAGGCUCAUAGACGGCAAGAAGCCUCUUUCACUAGAACCUAAAGACAAGAUAGCCCUCACCGACUUGACACCUCACUCGGAGAGCCCAAGUACAACAUCAUGA